AUGAUCUAUGGAACAAUCCAAAUCGUCAGCUUUAACAUCCUUCCGUGUGUCGUAAUGCUGCUCAUCUAUGGACACAUUUUCGUAGUUUCUCGAAAACAUUCUCGGCAAAUCCGCGCCCUGUGUGUGGAACAGAACGCAGGGAGAUCGAGAGCUUUAAAUUCACGACGAAUGAAGCAAGAAACAUCGGCAACAAGGGUCUUUAGUCUGGUUUUGCUGAUAUUUGUGUUGUGUUGGUUGAUAUCCGCAUAUCGACAUUUCUGCAGUUAUUUUAAACUGUCGUGUCCCAUUUCUUCUGGAACAGUACUUUCAUCCCGUUUGUUAAUGGUAGCGAACUCGGCUAUUAAUCCGUUUAUUUAUGCAUUAUUAAAGGAGGACAUCAAGAGAGAAGUGAAAAGAAAGCUCUGUAGAAGACGAGGGGAGGUUGAAGCAUUUACUUCAUCUUUACAAAGUGGCAGUCGCUAA